GCAUUCCGUCAACUCACCGAUGGCGAAAACUGGUGACAUAGUGCCCUGUUUAACGAAAGUCUAAUCCGCGAAGCUGUUCUUUACGCAUGCUGUCGAACUUCGAAUUCCGUGAUCCCGCCGUACUUAUUUGACAGAAGGUGUCACUGGCUCCAACAAGGCAGUUCUGCCGCGGGCUUCUUCUCGGUUAUGCACUCAUGACGCGUUCCUGGUCGCAGCCAAGCCCAAGUGCACUCUGUAGACAUCCCUUUGGCGUUGAACAUGCCCUCGACACGGGCAACGUCUGGAAACCGAAGGUUCCCCUCGUUAUACGUUUAACCGAUUAUUCGCCCUCGUUUUUCCAGCAUGUCUGGACGUUCAACAGGAAAAAGUAAACUCCCAGCCACAGACGAGUAUAAAGGUAGUCGUCGCUGCUCUCGUUGAAGGUCAGAACAGUUUCACUCAACUGCAAUAUUAACCGAAGUCACCAUGCUCUUCUCUGCUACAUUCGCUGCCUUGGCUUCCCUUGCGCAGGUCUCUUGGGUUGCUGCGCACGGCGGAGUGCUCAGUUACAACAUCGCGGGCACAACCUACAAUGGCUUUGUCGCCUACAACACCGCGACCGGACAGUCUAGCAUUCAGCGCGAGUGGGACACCUAUAACCCCAUUCAGGACCCGACCAGCUCGUACAUGUCUUGCAACACCAACGGAGCGAACCUUGGAAGUGGACAAGAGUACGCGACUGUAGCCGCCGGAUUGCAGAUCACUGCCUACUGGAACCAAUGGCCUCACACCAUCGGCCCUGUCAUGGUCUACAUGGCUAACUGCAACGGCGACUGUACUGAUGCCACCACCUCGAGCUUGGAAUGGUUCAAGAUCGAACAGGCAGGCCUCAUCUCUGGUGACCAGCCCACUGGCCUCUGGGCCAUGGGCGAGCUCGUGAACGACAACAGCUCCUGGACGACCAAUAUCCCCUCAUCGCUCGCGCCCGGGGAGUACUUCAUCCGCCACGAGCUCCUCGCGAUCCACACCGCCAACACGCCCCAGUUCUACAUGGAGUGCGCGCAGCUCAAGGUCACCGGCAGCGGCUCUGCGACGCCCUCGUCGGAAUACCUUGUCAAGUUCCCUGGUGCUUACUCCAUGAGCGACCCCAGUGUUGACAUAGAUGUCUACAACAAUGCUGGUGUCGAUACCUACACCAUUCCUGGACCUGCUGUUUGGCCUGGGAACUAAGUAGCGAGUCAUAACGUUAUGACGUUCUUUCCUUUUGGGUUCGGUGUUCGAUGUGUCGGUUUAUCCGGGCUAUGUCCUUGUUCCUCCGGUUAGUUAGUCCAAUGUACUUACUGACGAUG